CUAAUAGAAAAACAAAUAUUCGAGUCCUGCACGCCAAUUGUCGUUAGUUUCUGGAGCUCUAUUUCUACUUGUCCUCUCCAACUUCAGUGCUCUGCACUCAUAUGCCAUCAUAAUUCAUAAUCUACAAGAAGAACCCAUCAUCCUUUGCUUCUUCUUUCUUGCUCUAAUCUUAUCUCCUCAGAUGCUGAGAGAACGUGGUUAGCUUGGAGCAAUUUCUGUUACGUCUGUUCAUGUGACUGACCCAAUGAUCCAUGUAGCAGCAAUGCCUGAGAAAAUAACUACCGAGGACCUCGUGAACAACAUCGCGGGCACACUUGCUGAUACGAAACUGAAAUCUAGCUCUUUAUUUGGGGAAGAGACAUCAAGCUCGGUGACCACUCAGUCCAACCGGCUGUUUGGACGCCAGAAACCUGUCCACCACAUUUUGGGUGGAGGCAAAUCUGCUGAUGUCUUGUUGUGGAGGAACAAAAAAAUUUCAGCUAGUGUUUUAACUGCUGCAACUGUUGUCUGGGUGCUCUUUGAAUGGCUCAAUUAUCAUUUCUUGACUCUUGUGGGGUUUGCUUUGGUUGUUGGCAUGCUUGUUCAGUUCCUGUGGUCAAAUUUUUCAGGCAUGAUUAGCAGCAGUUCCCCAUCUAAAGUACCUCGACUUGUUCUGCCUGAGGACUUAUUCGUCAAUAUUGCCGUCUCAAUUGGUGCUCAAAUUAAUCGAGGGUUGGCAUUUGUUCAAGAUGUGGCAUAUGGAGGAAAUGUGAAGCAAUUCCUUAAGGUUGUAGGAUGCUUGUGGAUUGCUGCUGUGAUAGGAAGCUGGUGCAAUUUGCUGACCAUUUUGUACAUUGGUUUUGUUGCUGCUCACACAUUGCCGGUUCUGUAUGAGAGAUACGAUGAUCAGGUUGACAGCUUUGUAUACCAGGUCCUCGGGCUGCUUGAACACAAUUACCAGAAGCUGGAUGCCGGUGUCCUCAGCAAGAUACCUAAAGGAAAGCCGAACCGGAAGAAGUAUGAAUAGAUUCAUUUAGCAACGUAAAUAUUACUUCCCCAAUAGCUCAGGAGUUAGAUUGGAUUAUCAUGUUCCAAAAGAGGGGAAUGUAGGGGUAAGAAACAUUGAAUAUCACUGUUUGUAGGGACAGAAACCAGUCGGUCGUGUGAUUAUUACUGAAGCAUAUGUACUGUUCUUGAGAAGUUCCAAAUUCAACUGCCAUUUAAUCAGUUCUUGUUUUGA